GCUGACUUGGCCAACUGGGAUGUACUGAAUGAUCAUGCAGCUGAACAAGUUACGAUAAAUUCUGCUGCAGAAUACAGUGAGCUUGAUGCUAAGAUGUGUCAGGUGAGAAUAGUUGAGUUAGAGAACAGACUUCUGGAGAAACAGGAAGCCGUUGAAAGACUCACUACGCAGAUGGACGAGCUACAGGAACAACUUACCCAGCACAGUGACUCUAUGCAACUUCAGGAAACUACUGUUCAAGAGCAGAAUGAAGUCAUCAGGAAACUAACAAGCUGCCUUCAACAGGCAAAGAAGGAUCGGAAUGACCUACAGGAAGAGGCUUUCCGUAUAGUUGGUCAGAUCCAUGAUUUAGAACUUCAGUUACAUCAGGUUAAUGAGAUGCUGAGGAGUAAAAGCUCGGGGAAAAACGAAAUAUUAGAAGCCCAGCAGCAGAUGUCUUUGUUUCAGAACUGUCUCAAAGAGCAAAAUGCACAUUUGGAGAUGCUGCGUCAGAAAGCACAUGACCUGGAAGUACAGCUUGAGUCCUCUCAAAAGAAUACCAAAGAUAAAGAAAAUCUGCUUUCCCAAGUGAAAGAGGAUAUGAAAGAUACAAUGCAACAGCUGUACAAAAGCAUAGGCGAAAAAGAAGAACAUAUUAAAAGUCUUCAGGAUCUACUGACAUCAGAAAGAUUUACCUUGUCUAUACUACAACAUACCCUUUCUCUCCGGGACUCAGAAAUAACAGAAUUAAAAAAUGAAAUAGCUUUGUCCAAAAUGAAAGAACGGCAACGUAUUGAAGAAAUGAAAAUCAGUCAUGAAAAGGAUAUUUGCAGACAGUUGGAGAACUUGAGGGCUGAGCUGGAGAAGUGCCACAGAAGAGAGAUUGCAGAAGCCAAGCAGGUAUAUGAAGAAGAAAUUAUUUUAAAAUAUAAGAAUGAACUUGAACAGUUAAAAAAAGAACUCUGUGCUCUGAGUUCUGAAGAACAUGUUCAGAAUUUGAAUGGCAUUAUAAUUGACUUAAAUAAUAGUCUUUGUGAGUCUGAAGUUAAUAAAGGAAUUUUGAGAAGGAAACUUGAAAACCAACAGGAAGACUUCCAGAGAGAAAAAUCUGAAAUUGAGACUAAAUACAAGGAUUUAAUUGAUGGCCUUAAGUCUCAACUCUCUGAUGCAGAAGAGCAGGUCAAGGAAGCCCAGCGAUAUAAACAAGAAAAACAGUCCUUGAAUGAAGAGAUUCAGAAACUGAAUUCUUUCAUCCAGGAAUUAAAUGGAAAGCGACUUUACGAGGCUGAAAAAAGUAUAGAUGUAAGGCAAAAGCAUGAAGAGACUUUAUCCAACAAAAAGCUAAUGAAAUUGAGGGAAAAACAGAUUUUACGAGAGGUGUCACAGUUGCAGAGAACAGAGCUUGAGGAGAUGCGGAAUAAACAGCACCAGUUGAAAGGUGAUGAUGAGCUAGUUCAGGAAGAACUAGAGUUCCAGCAUGACUUGGGAGUAGACUCCUCAAGGGAUCAAUUAGAAGAAAUUAAGAAUUCAAAGAUCACAGAGAAUAAUGAAAGUACUGAAGGAGAUAACCUGUCUGAAGAACACUUGUCAGAACUAGGGCUUUUCAGCGGUGAUGAAGGUAUAUUGGCUAAAUAUCUCAUCUCCACGGAGAGACCAGAAGAGUCAUAUGUGUCCAGCACUUCUGAAGGUUAUGCCAUUGAAGAAGGUAGAUGCAGUAGGUAUGGGUUAGACAGUAGUGCGCUUCUAGAACCCAGCAGAGAUUUUAUACCUCCUCCGUUAAACUUUGGCCUUGAUGAGGAAACAUGUCCUAGCAGUUUGGCUCAAGAGACUUUUGAAGAGACUGAGGUGGGAGCAGAGGCCUUUGUUUCAUUUUUGUCAGAUAGCUCCCUGCAGCAAAACAAAAUAAGUGACCACGAUAACGUAAAGGAUGAUGAGACAACUUGUUUAGUAGAGAGAUGUGUGAAGCUAACUGAGCAGCUCCAUGAGAAGGAGUCAGCCUUGAAGAAAUCUUAUCAGGAGACCCAAGAAGCUGUUGGAAAAUGGGAAAAAGUAAUGGCUGAGGUCUCUCAUAUGCGUGUGGAACUGGAUGAGGAACGUGAAGCACGGAUCCAUUGUGAAAAAGAACUUCUUCAAAAAACAGAGAAGGAGAAAGAACUUGAAAACAAAAUAAUGUUUCUAAUAAAGCAGCAGGAUGAGGAUGGAGGCCAACCUUACUGUGCUGUAGAGCCUUUAACACAAGUGUCAAAAUCCUCUACCUGGCAAGAAAUGGUAAAAGACCUCCAGGAGGAAAGAGAAAUGUUGAUGGUGCAGCUGCGAACUCAGGAGCAAUUAGUGAAAGAUGUUCAAGAGCAGAAAACAGCUUCUGAUUCUGUAACAAGUGAAGUACAGUCUCUUUUUGGACGUCAGUUAGCUGCUUUGCAAAGUCAAAGGGAUCUAAUGCAAAGCCAGCUUGAUGCUCAGAAGGCUAAAAUCCAGAUGAUAGCGGAGCUGCUUGGUCAGAAAACCAUAUCUGAAGAGACAUUGCUAAAAGAACAGGAGUUGCUCAAAGCUGAAAUCAAUAAUAAAGAACAAAAUUUAGCACUCUUAUUGAAGGAAAAAACAGCCUUAGAAGAAAGAUUAUCUGACGUGGAGGAGGAUCUAAUAAAAACAGAAAAAGCACUAGUAGGGAAUGCUAGCAUCAUUGAGGAUCUUGAGAAAAACAUACAUGAACUUAAUGCUGAAGUGAAAAACCUCAAAGAAAUACAGGACUGUGAAAGACUGGGAUAUGAGGAGAGAUUAAACUUCAGCAACCUAGAAAUUCAAAAACUUAAUGCUGAAAUAAAGGCAAAAAGUACUGAAUACAGUGAGAAAAAAAGCCAGUUGACGGAAGAAAUCACCCAUUUGAAGAAGGUUCGUUUGGAGCUUGAGACUCGCUUGCAGGAGUCCUUUCAGUCUGCACAAGCUGCACGGGAGGCACAGUCUGAGAUGGUGAAACAUUACAAAGAGGAAAUUGAUAAAAUGGAGACUCAACGCCUUGCCGAAUUAACUAAAGUGAGUUUGAUACACAAGAAAGAGAUAGAAGAAUUAAAUGCUGAAAUAGAAAGGAAGGAACAGAUUGCUUUAAUAAAAAAGGUACAUGAACGAGAGCAUGAUCGUGAAAUCUCUGAACUGAUUACUAAACAUGAAAAGGAAAUGGAGAAGCUCUGUGCUGAACUAAAUAAAGAGCAGCAGCACCUGUUGGAUGAACUUCGACAGCAAAUGGCAGCCACACACAAAGCAGAGAUUGAGCAAGCUCAGCUCCAAUCACAGACACUGCACAGCCUUGAAUUGGAAGCUUUACGCCUAAGCUUAAAUAAUAUGCACACCUCCCAGCUUGAACUUACACAGUCUAACUUGAGAAAAGAAAAGGAAACUGCCCUUGUGGAACUACGGGAGAUGCUCAAUGAUAAGCGUGCUCAAGAGGUAGCAAUUCUGCAAAGCCGCCAUCAGCUGGAGUGGGAGAAGAUUAAAGAACAGUGUCUGAAGGAAAAAGACGACCUUAAGUCAAAGUAUCAGCAAGAACUAGUUGAUCAGAGGAAGAAAAUAGAAUUGGAAAUGGAAGAGAAACGUAUCCAGGCACUAGAGAUUCUCAAACAAGACUGGCAGUUGGAGUCCGAGAUGCAUUUAAAAAGCACAUGUGAAGAGCUGUCUGAAAAACAUCAGACUGAAAUGGUGGAACUGCAGAAAACUCUGGAAAUGGAAUUAGAAAAAGUCAAAGCAGAGCUGGGGCUUCUUUCUCUUGAGAACGAACAGUCUAAAAUAAAAUGUAUAGAAUUGGAGAAGCAAAACCAGUUAGACAUUACAAAAUUACAAGAACAGCUGCAGACUGAACAUAACCAACUCCUAGAAGAUAUGAAGAUGAAAAGCCAAGAAAAAGAACAGAAUCUUCAGAAGGAGCUGGAGAAACUUCAGGUCAUGCAUGAAGAACUCAAGACUCGGUCACAAGAAGAAAUCAGGCAGCUUUGGUCUCAGCUCAACAGUACCCGAGCAAAUCGGCAAGAGCUAAGCGAGCUAAAAGAGCAGCUCCUGGCUCGUGCAUCACGGGUGGAAGAAAUAGAGCGUUUAAAACAAGAAUUUGAACAGCAGCGUCAGCAAAGAAAAAGUGAGCAUGAAACUGAAUUGGAACAGCUGAGACUUUAUUUUGAAAAGAAGUUAAAAGGUGCAGAAGAAAACUACAGAGAAGAAUUGACUUUGCUGCAUCAGAGACUGCAAGAACUGAAGGAAUAUUCACUGUCAGAGUUAGAAGUGAGUCAAGAUCCAGAAGGGGACAUCAGUUCUUCUGUCACAGUUUUUGAAGAGACUGUUGAGAAAGAGAGAAGGGAUACGCUUGGUCAGCUAAAUCAACAGCUGGAACAACAUCAGGAAAAACUUGCCUGUUUGCAGGUACAACUUAAAGAACAACACAGGCAUGAAUUAGAUUCCUUAAGGUCUUCCCUUGCACUUCAAUAUAAGGAGGACCUAAUGAAAAUGAAGAUGGAUCUGUCAGACAAAUAUAUAACAGAAAUUGAGGAAAUGAAAAGAAAGCAUUGUUUAGAAUUGGAGCAGCUCCGUGCCCGACUUUCAGAAGAACAUAUUAAAGAAAUCACCAAACUGCGCCUACAGAGUGCUCAAGAUGCAGCACGUCAAGUUGAAAUGGAGGUGGCUGAGCGAGUGUCUGCGCUGGAGGAAGAGCACAAAGCUAAACUCUCUCUCCUCCACUCUGAGAAACAGCGUAUUGCCGAGCUUUCAGAUGAAAUAAAGCAUUUAAAGGAAGAGAUUACUAAACAAAAAGACUUUUCUGUGCAGAAUGAAAAGCAUCUGAAAGAGGAAAUGGAAAAGGUAAAAUAUAAAAUUGCUGAGGAUCACAAGAAUAAAUUAAGGGAAGCCAAAGAAGAAAUCCAGAAAAUAGAGACUAUGUACAAAGAAAAAGAGAAGAAAUGGAAAUGUGAAAGCGAGGACCAGAGAAUCCAAUCAGAAGAGAAGUUAUCGUUGUUGCGUAUAGAACUGCAAAACAGAGCGGAAUAUGAGAAGCAGAAUUUACAAAAGGAGUUUGAACUUCGUGAAGCUGAAAUGAAGCAACGUCAAGAUCACCAAGCUGCCAAAAUUCUAGAAUUGGAGAAGUUGGUAAAAGAGCAGCAAAACAACUUGCAGCAACUAGAGGACAGCCUUGCAAGUGCACAGGCUAUGCAGAAAUCUCAGGAGCAAUAUGACCGCGACCUGCAGGCAGCCAAAGCGCUCAUGGCAAAAGAAAUGGAAAAGGCCACACUUUGUCUGCAGGAAGAAUGUGCACGGAAACUUAUGGAAGCACAAAACAAGUUUAUAGAGGAACGCAAAGCUAUGACUCAGAAAUUCACAACUGAGCAAGAGAUUCUUCUCCAAGAGCUGAAAAAGAAACAUGUUGAUGAGCUGGAACUCCAAAGUCAGCAGUUACAGGAGAAGCAUAAGCAGCAAAUUUUGUCUCUUACAGCUGAGUUUCAGACAAAGCACCAAGCUGAAAUUGAGACACUUAAAUCUACACUAGAAAGUAAACAGCAGAUUCAGCUUGAAGCUUGUGUUGCUGAACUACAGACAAAGAAUCAGGCACAAAUUGAUGAGCUGGAGGCUAAACACUUAUCAAAUCUGGAUUCCUUGGAGUCGUCCUACCUAUCUGAAAUUCAGAAUAUAAGAGAUGAACACAGUCAGGCUCUUGAGAAGCUACAGCUUCAGCACACAGAACAGCUCCAUGAAAGGGAUAAAAUGGAUCAAGCACGCUUGGUUCAGGAGAUAGAGAUGUUGAAAUCAAAGCAUGCUGAAGAGCUUCAGCUUUCCCAAAAUAAUUUGAAAAUUGAGCUAGCUACUGUUCAUAUGGAAAAACUUAAAGCCAUGGCUGUUGAAGCAGAAGAAGCUCAUAAGGAUGAUUUGAACACAGCUCUUCAAAAUCAAAGGAGGUUGCUGGAAGAAGAAAAACAUCUGGCCCUGGAUAUAUUACGUGAGGAAGUAUUGCAUAUGGAGGAAAAGCAUAGAAAAGCACUCCAAGAACUUCAGGAACUUCAUGAGGCAGAAAUUAAGAAACAUAAGGAAGAAUACUCCAGGGAGCUGGAAAAUGAAUUGGGGAAACUAAAAGCACAGCAUGAACAUGAGCAAGAGAUGUAUGCUUCUGCAUCGGCCUCUGAAGUAGAAACUGUGCGGAAAGCUCUUCUGGCUCAAUUUGAGGAGGUAAAAUUGAAGCAGCAGCUUCAGUUCCAGGAAGAGAUUGAGCUGCUGAAGUGUCAGUCGGAGGUACUGCUUGAACAGCAAAUUGCACAGCUGAAGGAUGAAUUUGAAGCUGAAAAAAAGGCAUCACUACAUGACAAGGAGCAGGUGUUGAUUCAGGAGAGAGAGAAGGCACAGGCUGCUCACCAAAAGGAGCAGGAGAUGUUAUCAGCCCAGCUGCAGGAAAAAGCAGCAAUAAUUACCCAGCUGGAAAAGAAAGUGGAGUCUUUAAACCGUGAAAUAGAGGAGACCAACUCUGAACUGGAGACACUCCUUCAGCGGCGGGACAGAGAAAACCAAGAAGGAGGGAAUUUGGUAUCCAUGUUGAGAUCUGAUAUUGAGCAAUCCAAUGAUGAAAGGAAAAAACUGCAGGAAUCUUAUCAGCAUCUUUUGAAAUGGCUUAUGGAGUUGGUGAAGGCCACAAUAGCUAUUGAGGACCUUAUCUGUAGCAAGAUUGGUCUUUGCCUUGAUGACAGUCUGGCUUCUGGAGAUUCUAGAGAAAGUCACAGUAUUAUGGAAGAAAUGGGAUUCAUGCAGUAUUUCAAAGCCAAAGAAAAACAUCACCUAGAAAAAGUAGAUGAGCUGCUUGAUGAAACUCUUGCAGAACACAACCAGCUGUCUUCAGUGACUGAUGAGGGGUCUGACUUGAGCCAAUACUUAUGUGAAAGUGUUUUUGCAAAGCCGGAAUUGGCAUGUGAAAAUGAAGAAAUGAUAUUGAAAAUUGGUCAUCGUUUGCGCACUGCAGUGGAGAGACUUCUGGAACUGGUUACAGAAUCAACUAAACAACUGGAGAAAAUGCAUGAAAACCAUGCACAAUUUGAAGAAGAAUUCAGCCGCCAAAAUCAGGAAACUGCCCAAGUGGUUAGUCAGCACCAGGAACUAAUGGAGUGCCUCAGUGAGGAAAGUGAGGCCAAGAAUCAGCUGGCACUAGAGCUUCAUAAAGCAGAGGGCAUUAUCGAAGGCUAUGUUGCAGAAAAAGCUGCAUUGGAAGAGGCCUUGAACCUGAAAGAGGAAUCAGAGCGUCGCCUUGUUAUGGAGCUGGAGAAUAUGCGUGAACGCUUCCAGGAGCUAACCCAGGAGCAAGCAAUUCUUGCUAUAUCACCACGAUGCCAACUUCAGCUAUGUUGCAUAGAUAUUUACUGCCUGAGCAGACUACGUAACAGUAGCUGUAGUCCAAUUACAGACAUGGAUCAACGUAUGUCAGCAGCAGCUUUGUGUCAUAAUAAAGAUGAAGUGCGAACACCUGUUGCUAAUGUAGCACAAAAAGAAGGUUCAGGUCUACUCAAGGAAGUAGAAUUCUUAGCAAAGGAGAAAUUAGAGCUUCAAUGUCAGGCAGAAAAGGACCAUUCCAACUUACGUUCUCAAAUGAAAGUUUUGGAGGUGGAACUGGAAGAACAGCUGCACAGUAAUCAGGACCUGGCUACACAGUUAUUGGAGGUUGCUGAAUUAAAACAGCAAAUUCAAGUUCUUGAAAAACAGCUUAAAAACCAGCGGCAAUUCAUGGAUGAACAAGCUAUAAAACUGGAAGAACAGUUAAAACUUUCAGCAAAAUCACAGACUUCAGGAGAGCCCAGAGAGUACAGGAACUAUGAAUUGAUUAUACAGGUAGAAUCUUUGCAAGCAGAAAUAAAAGAGAAGAUGGAUGAUUACAAUAAGCUGUUAUUAGAAAAGGAGCAAAAACACCAAGAAAUUACAGCUCGUGAUAAAGAGAUAGAAAAACUGGUGGCACAGAUACGAGAACUGGAGCACAAUGGUACUGAAGUCUCAAAGACUGUACACUACUUGGAACAACAACUGCAAAAAAUGAAGAAAGUGGAAAUCGAAUUAAAAGAAGAUAAAGAGGCAUUGCAACAGCAACAGUACAAUAACCUGAUUCAGAUCUCUGCCCUACAGUCUAAAUUGGAUGAAGCGCGGCACAGAGUACCAGCCGACAGCAGUUCUGCCCCAGUGCUGAAGGAGCAGUUACAGGCAGAGCAGGAAGCACUUCAGACAAAAGAGAGAGAGAUUGCAAGCUUGUUAGACCAACUAGAACAAUAUAAAGAUAAUUUGAUCAGUAAAAAUGAGGAGAUAUUGCAGCUGAAAUUGCAGUUAGAGAUGCAAAAAAACCUUAGCACUUCCAGCAUCAGCCAGCUUCAGUUAGAGAAUGCACACUUGAAGGAGGAUCUAACAAAACUUCAUGUGAAGCAAAAUCAGGACCUGGGUAUUAGUGAUUCCUCAGCUUUGUCAUUCCCACAAGCACUACUUAAAGAAAAGAAUCAAGAAAUUGAUCACUUGAAUGAGCAGAUUAAGCGGCUCCAGCACAAGCUAGAGGAUGCUCUGGAGAAUAAAGUUGUGGAAGACCAAAAAUCUGAAAUUGAAGAACUCAAAUCCCUUGUCGAGCACCUUCGUGGUGACCAGGAAAGGCUGCAUAAGGACAAAGAUGAAGAGGUAGAGCAACUCCAUGGAGUAAUUGAGAAGCUUCAAAAAGAGCUGGCACAAUUUGGACCAGUAUGUCAUGAAGUUAGUGACAACCAAGACGAUCUCUAUCAGCAUGCAUUGGGAAAGCCAGUGGAAAACCUUCAGAAUGAGUUGAAGAAGGGACUGGUAGAUUGUCAGGGUGGUACUGCUCCAAACAGAAGAAACUCAUUGGUACUCUCCAAAGCGAGAGAACUUCAGGAGGAACUAGAGUUUGUCUCAACUGCUAGAGAAGCUCUGCAGCAGCAACUGGAAGAGAAAGAACUGCAGUUCAAAAUGGAAGUGGAAAUUUUGGAGAAAAAAUGCCAAGAAUUACAAGAGUCAUCAGAGCAGCACGUUGCAGAGCUGACCUCUCUGAGAAUACAGUACAAUGCACUUCAGGAAGAGUACAGCCUUUUCCAAACACGUUUUUCUCAGAGAGAGGUUGAAGUAAGGAUGACAACUUCUCGUAUUCAAGAACUUGAAGAUACUGUGAGAGAAAGGGAAGCAAAUAUUCUAGAGAAAGAUAUGCAAAUGAAGACAAUGGCAGAUCAAAGAGAAGCUGAUACAAGAAAGUUGCAGUACUUAACAAAAAAGGCAGCAGAGCUUCAAACCGAGUUGGAAAAGAGAGAUGCAAGUCAGGCUCAAGAUGUUUAUAGUCUUCAGUUAGAAGUUUCUAGACUUGAUUUCCAAGUGCAAGCACUGAAUCAGAAAGAAGUAGCUUAUCAGAGAGAAAUCAAUGAACUGCAAGGUGGCACUGCAAAACUGAAAGAUCAAAUUGAGGCAUAUGUGAAAGAGCUUGAAGCCUUACGAUUGGAAAGAGGUGAACUUAUUUCACAGUUGGAGUCAUACAAGCCAAAGGAGCAACGUGAUCAUGAAGAGACUAACUUUCUCAAGCCAUUCUGCCGGAGAGAAAGAAAAGGCGAAGUCCUUAAGAAAGUAAUGGAGGAAUUGGAAGAACUGGAAGUAAAUGUUGAUCAGUCAUUUGCAGUACUGGCUUCCCCUACUGAUAAACUGGAAAAAGAUGAAGUUAUGUUUGACUUGACGACUCGCAAUAUAAAUCCAAAAACUCAGAUUAAGCAAUCACAAGAAAAUAUCUUGACUCAGGAAUUGGACGUGAUCAACAGCUCUGAAGAGGAGCAAGAUUUGAAAAAGCAUGGCCAGCAAACGUUGGAAAUUCAUCAAACUCCUGAUUCUCCAAAACACAAUUUGAACAUAGGCAAAGACACUUCAAAAGACUUCCAGAAUUUCAUUGCAGGUAUGGCUUCAUGGGGCUCACCUGAGAUUGUGAGAAAGCAAGAUAUAAGCAUGGAACUUCAGCCAGUGCUUCAUCUGACACCCUUUUCGGAAGUUGAAAGCACAGAUUUUGAAAUUAUAUACACCAGGUCAUCCAUGCAAGAAGAUAAUUCUGUAUUGCUGGGAUAUUCUAACCUGUAUGAAAAUGGCAGUGAGGAAGCAGCAGUGGGAGCAGAGAGAAAAUCUCCAGCUUUCUCUGAAAGCACCUACUCUGUUGAUGACGACCAAGAUAUGGAGAAGAUUUUGCAGAUGAGAGAAGCUGAUAAUCUAACUUUAACCCCUUCUGAUUUACAAGAUGAUAUAAGAUCAAGAGCAUCUGCCAUAGAUGCGAUGAGCGAUGGAUAUGGCAGCAAUACCAGCUCAAAUUUGGCAGCUAAACUAAAGCAGGAGCUACAAACAUCAGACCACCUAGAUCCUAGUUUUAUGGCUUAUCUGCGGUACUGUGGAAUGUUUCCAGAUAUUAUGGAAUCAAUGAGAGAAAAGGAAAUACUUUCACCACAGCUGAAGGCUGUGCUGAAGAUGGUAUAUGAGGAGAGCCGUAAAAUACUGGCUUUGUCAGAAUGUCCCUUUGGUUUUAGGGAGCUGAAAAAUGUUCAUCAGACCAGAGCAGCGAUGGAGGGAUGGCAGAAGGAGGGCUUAGCCUUGCUGGAUGCUAUACAGUCGCUGAAAGAUUACCUUAGCAAGAUGGCAGAUAGAGGAAACAAGGAAUUUUCAGGUAUUGCUGCUGACUGGAGAGGAGAACUGCUGCAAGCAGUACAGAGCGUGUUUGAGAAGGAGAGAAAUGUGUUGCAAAUUGACUUGAAGUCUCACUUCUCCAAUCCUGAGUCUGGUGGUGAAGGUUCUUUAGUGGAAAAACUGGAAUACAUAAUGAAACAACAAGAGGAACAGAGGCAGAUGGUUGUAGAGCACCUUUUCUCCUCAGAUCGGAAUAGCUUGCUCUCUGAAAUACAGGACCUCCGAGCUCAGCUACGCAUGACACAUCUUCAGAACCAGGAGAAGCUACAACAGUUACAGGAAACCCUUACCAGUGCAGAAGAUCAUGGGAGCAAACAAGAACACCACCUUCGGAGGAAAGUAAAUGAUUUGCACAGCACCCUGUCUGAGGAGCAGAAGAGAGCCUCUGAAACAUGUGAUCUCUUGAAUCAAGAAAAAGCAGCCCUGAAAUCAGAGCUUCAUGAAAAUAAGCAAGAGAACGAAGGGCUGCGGAAAUCCCUAGAAGAGCUUCGGAGGGAAAUAAACCAGUUACGUUUUGAAUUGAAAAAAAAAGAAAAGGAUUUGACAACUGCACUUGAAGACUUGCAGACUGAACAUCUGAAGGAAACAGAGCUACAAGGUUUGUUUGAGGAACAACAGCUUCAGCAUAAGAAAGCAGAAGAUGAAAAGACAAAGGCCUUGGAGGAGCUGCAGGCUGCCUUGGAGUUGCAGUCAGUGCAGAAUAGCCAGCUGGCCGUAUCCUUAGAGCAUGAGCAAACGGUAAAUGAUAAUCUCCGCAAGGAACUUCAGAUCGAGCACUCCCGCUGUGAAGCGUUGCUGUCCCAGGAACAGACCAAACUGUCGGAGCUACAGAGAAAUUUGGAUGCUGAGAAAAAUCGUUCGUUGGAGCUCCUGAAUUCCUUGAAUCACGAACGUGUUUUGACAGAACAGUUGAGCAUGAGAGUGAAAGAAGGUGCUUCUUGUCAGCACAGGGAGUCACUGCUGGAACAAGCCUUUGUUCGAGAGCUCCAAGCCCAGCUGGAAGAAGAGAGGUCCCGAACUAUGGAGCUAGCUGCUAUUAUUGAGAAAAUGCACCAGAAGGCCAUUCGUUCCAAAAGGCAGCUAGAGGCUGAAGUACAAAUGUGCUGCGAAGAAACCCAAAAAGAGAGAGAGGUCAGUGACAAAUUGCGAGCUACACUGGAAUCUCUUCAGGGUCAAAAGCAAGAGGUAAUCCGUUCCUUAGAGGCCCAGAAGGAAAGAGAGGCAAAGCUGAAAGCUGACUGGGAACAACUGCAGUUGCUCUUCAAGGCAAUGAAAGAGCAAGAUAAAAACAAGAAAGAGGAGAGAGAGAGAGAGCGAAGACAGCAGCAACAAACAGAGCUAGAGAAACAGAAGGACUGGCAGAGAGAUCAACAGAGACUGCAAAACUUGGAACGGCAACACCAGAGGGAUGAACAAAGAAUUAAAGAGCUGCAGGAAAUACUGGCAGUAUUAGAAGAAAGAGAAAGAAAUCUCCCAUCUCCAAACCAUCAGCAAGAACUGCUGUGUACCUUAAACAAAGAUCGAAAUGCCAAACAGGCCGUGAUAAAAGAAACUGAGAAAGAGCAUUUGCAACAGCAGCAACAACAGCUGGAGAAGAUAAGACAGCAGUUGCUUUUUGUAGCUGUACACCUGAAUGAGUUCAUAUAUCAAACUGUAGAUAAAACAGUUAACAAUUGGUCUGUAUCAAACGAUGAAGCUGUAGCCUCUUUACUGCAGACGUUAAAGGAACUAAAAUCAGAUUUAUUGUCUCCUCCUGCAUCUCAGAUCAGAUCUGCGAAUGAUACUGACUCUGUUCAAGAACUGGAAAGAGAUGCUUUGCAGCGAGAGAGAAACAUUUUACAGAAUGCACUGAAACAGGCUGAAUCCGAACUGGCUAAAGCAACUGUUGAAAUUGAAAACAAACCAGUGGUGGAAAAUUCCAGUCCUAAGUUGCAGAGAUUAUAUAGGAAGUACCUUAGAGCAGAGAGCUUUAGAAAAGCUCUAGUUUAUCAGAAGAAAUACCUCUUGCUGCUGCUUGGUGGAUUUCAGGACUGUGAGCAAGCAACCCUCUCUCUAAUAGCACGUAUGGGAAUCUACCCCUCACCUGCAGACCUGCAGCUUUCUGGAUCACGUUCCCGUCCUUUUACCAAGUUCAGAUGUGCAGUCAGGGCAAUCAUCGCGGUAUCAAGGUUAAAGUUUUUGGUGAAAAAGUGGAACAAAGUUGGCAGGAAGAGCACACAGGGUGAAACUAUUUCUCACAGUAUAGGAGGUAAUACAGCCUCUGGUGCUAGAACAGAAAUUCUAAAAGAGCAGCAGCCCCCAGCUGUUCACAUCAGCUCUCCCCCCACCCGGGACACUGGGCUGUGCCACAGAACCAGCUCUGCGAGAUUUGUGAGCCGCUCCCCCAGAUCCUCUUACUGCUUACACAACAGAUUGCAUCCAUCCACAAGUUCAGCUUCAGAAAAGUCACUUGUGCCUACUCAGGAUCCUGAACGAUCGCUAACGGAAUACAUCCAUCGCUUAGAGGUUAUCCAGCAAAGACUAGGGGGUGCGCAACCAGGACAAGUUCCAGGCUCACCUCGCCAGAGAAACAUGAAAAAGUGAUGAGAGUGCUUCUGAAACCUGUACUGCGAACCCUCCUGAGUUA